AUGAAACUUUGGGAUUCACCAACUACAUCAUUCCCGUAUACAUUCGAUGAAGUAGUUUCAGCUUUUUGGGAUAGAUAUCCUAAUAAUUAUGCAAAACACAUUAUUAGCGAGGAUGUAUUGGAGAGAAAGAUUACUGAAGAUGCGAUUGUGACAAAGAAGCUCAUCGUCAAACAAGGGAGUUCGAUUUUAAAGCGUGUUCCUCGUUGGAUUUCGCGAAUGACUGACAUACGGGUUGUUCCAGUAAUUGAAGAGAGUUACUAUGAUCGAAAAAGCAAAAAGUUGUGGACAUACACUAGGAAUGUGGCCCAUAUACCAUUGUUUCAACUUCAUGAGCGAUGCGUUUACAAGCCCACCGAGAACCAUGACGCAAUUCAGACCCCAUUUUUGACCGACGUUCUUCGAAGUGUAACCGUCAAUAUUGAUUGCGGUCGGAUGAGCUCAAUAUAUGAGAACGUUCUUUUGAUGGGAUUCAAAAAAUCGAUUAGCAACACCACAAAAGGGAUGUUCGAAAAGCUCGAGGAGAAGUUUGGGCCAAGACAUAUUGCCAAUGAGAAAAUGAAAGUUCUCAAGGAGAAAAUCAUUAAAUCAUCAUCAAAUCUCGUAACACACGUGAAAUGCGACGAGGAUAGCUAA